AUGGUGAGAAAUGCUAUCAAAGUUUACGCGAGAUUGAAGCCGGAAAAGGAUAAGAAAAAUUUAUUGGAUUACGAGAUCUUGUAUCGUCCCAGGGAGAAUCUGGAGGAAGAUUUCUUGAUUCUCGUCUCCCCCAUUCAAAAAUGCAAGGAUUAUCUUGACAAUCGGCCCGAAUCGUGGAAUUUCUCUUUUUACCGAAUAUUCGAGGAAUCCGCCACGCAAGACGAGGUGUUCGAAAAUGUGGCACGACCGGUAAUAGAAAGAGCCCUGGACGGUUACAACGGAACCAUUUUCGCCUACGGCCAGACGGCCAGCGGGAAAACCCACACGAUUACCGGGAGCCUGGAGAACGAUGGCCGCGGUAUCAUACCGAGAAGCUUGCAAUUCCUGUUCGACGCGAUAGGAAAGAGGCCGGAAAACGUGUACUCCAUCGAGGUGGCUUAUCUGGAGAUUUACAACGAGACCGGGUACGACCUGCUGGAUCGGAGGCAGCCACGAGAGUUCUCCGUUACGAGAUUGGAAGAUUUACCGCGUAUCAGCAUUAGAGAGGACGAGGUUGGAAGAUUGCAUUUGAAGAAUUUGACGUUCUACUGUGUCAAGAAUAUAGAGAAUGCGCUUGAGUUGCUUUUGCUAGGAGAAAAUAACAGGACCACUGCCGAAACACCGAUGAAUCCUCAGUCAUCGAGAUCGCAUUGCAUCUUUACCAUAGUAGUUUCCACCAAACAGUUCGGCGCUGAACAGUACAAGAGAGCGAAAGUGCAUCUUGUCGAUUUAGCAGGGUCCGAGCGUGUCUACAAAUGCUCGAUAACCGGCACCAUUCUGACCGAAGCGAAGCACAUUAACCUGAGCCUACAUUACCUGGAACAAGUCAUAGUGUGUCUGGGUCAGGAGAGCAUGGGUCACAUUCCUUACAGGAAUUCCUUAUUAACAUCGAUCUUGAGAGACAGUUUAGGAGGAAAUUGCAUAACCGCCAUGUUAGCGACUCUAAAUAUUACGUCUUUUAAUUUGGAGGAAACGGUGUCCACUUGCAGAUUUGCUCAAAGGGUGGCCUUGAUAAAGAAUUACUUGAAACUAAAUUUGGAGACAGACAUUAAUAGCGAGAACGCAUUAUUGAGAGCGGAGAACGAAAGACUUAAGCAACAAAUCAAAGCUCUGACAAUGCAAACCAAUGAAGAACUUACCGCUGACGAUAAAAGACAUCUUGAUCGUAAGAUAAGAGAUUUCUUAGAAUCGGACGAACGAAUCUGUUGGGAUUAUAAUCCGAAGAAAGUGCAGUAUUGUUUCGAAAGUUUUAAAGAAGCUUUCGAGCUAAGCAAAGAUCCUAAAUGUUACUUCAAAAAAUUGGAAUAUUACAAAGAUCUGGUUAUCCAAAGGGACAAGGAAAUUUCUUUGCUGAUCGACAAGUUGAAAGACAAAGAACGAUCCACACUGAAUACUAGCGACAAUAAUUUUUCAAUCAAUAAUAUCAAAAAUAAUAAGAAAAAGACUGGGCAGAAUAAUUGUAUUCGAAACGAUAAAAACGAAAUGAUACGUGAUUUGGCAUUAAACGAUCACGUUCAAAAUGAUAAACGAGAAAGCGUAGUACAAAAUUCGUCGAACAGCAAUGUUCCUUCGAAGAAACUAAAACGAAGAUUUAAAACUACCAAUCAAGUCAAAACCAAUGAAAAUAUCUCUGCUCGAGAUUCGGUGUUCCGAAGCAAAUCGACCUUUAACACAGUGAUACCAGAAUCGUUGCCUUGCAAUAUCGUCAACUUGAAUUUGGAUGAUCUGAUCGAGAAUAAGAACCAAGCGAUCGAUCAAAAAAUGAACGAAACCAAUGAUAAUGAAACGACGAAUCAACCGUCUUCACGGAUACUUGAAAAGCCGCGGAAAAAUGUUAAGAAGAAACGUAACACGGAAUCGAAAACGAAACAGGAGGACGAGAAUAAUUCCGUUGAAUUGUCAAGUAAUGGUAAAGCAAAAAUUGUAAUCGAGAAGGAUUCAUCUGUGGAAACGGAUUAUUCAAUUCCGGUGUACGAGAAGUUCUUAAGCUUUAAUUCUCCCUCUCCCAAGAGUGUAAACACGCCAAAAGCUGUGAUUUUUGAGAAAGAUAUCGAGACCAAGGUGGAUUGUCUCGAUCAAAAGUCCGAUUUGGGAGAGGAGAGCAACAAAUGCUUUGACGAUUCGUUGCCUUUGACAGGGGAUCCAGAGAUCGACGAAGAAAUAAUAGCCUUCUAUAAAGCGAAACGAUCUGGAGGUAUUUAUUGA